GUGUGGUGUAUAAGUGUGUGUGCCAGUCUGUACGCACACCACAGCUUUGCGACCGUGCUCGGACGGCAGAAAAGAGGAAAAUGCCGGCCAUUUUGGUCGCCUCCAAGAUGAAGUCGGGAUUGCCCAAGCCUGUCCACAGCGCGCUGCCCAUUCCCCAGUCACCCAGCCAUAGACGAGCCGAUCAGAACAGCAGCCCAAAGCCCAGCCACCCCAGCCUUAUCCCUCUGAGGACUCCUCUCUCUAGGAGGCACAGCCAGGGCGUCGGAACGCCACAGAUAAAAAGCCCGCCAGCCAAGGAAAAGGCACCGGACCCCCAGAUUUACACAGACUGGGCGAACCACUACUUGGCCAAGUCAGGUCAUAAGCGGUUAAUAAGGGACCUCCAGCAGGACGUAGCGGAUGGGGUGCUGCUGGCCGAGAUCAUCCAGGUCGUAGCCAAUGAGAAGAUUGCCGACAUCAACGGGUACCCCGAAAGCCGUUCUCAGAUGAUCGAGAACAUAGAUGCCUGCCUUGGCUUUUUGGCAGCUAAGGGAGUGAAUAUAAAGGGGCUCUGUGCUGAAGAGAUCCGCAGUGGCAAUCUGAAGGCCAUUCUGGGCCUGUUCUUCAGCCUGUCACGUUACAAACAACAACAACAGCAACAAAAACAACAGCAGCAACAGCAGGACACAUUGAAGCAGGCCAACUACGACACCCAGAGUGACCAGCACACCCAAACCCUGCAGAGCCCGAGCCCUGCCCAGCACUGCCCCAUCCACAGCCAGCAGCAGCAAACCCUCAGCGCUCCACUGCCCAACACUCAGGGGGACAUGCAGUCCAGGCUGCCAGGUCCGUCAGUCCGUGCAGGAGGAACAGGCACUGAAGCCAAGUUACGGAAGUCCAGCAGCAGCAGCAGACGCAGCCAGAGCUUUAACCACUGUGACAAAACCAAAACAGCAGCACCAGCCUGCUCUCAGCACACAGAUAAAUCAAGUCCAUCUCCCAUAAUGGUUGACCAAGGGCCUCCCACUUCUCCUGUGCCUCCAACCAGCACCAAUGGAGCCACCAGCAACACCAACAGCACCAAAGGAUGGAGGAGCAAGUCCCUCAAUGCCAAGCACAGUGCUACCUCCUCCAUGCUGUCCGUCAAACAUCCAUCCUCAGCUUCCUUAGAGGCUCCUCCCAAAGUCAUCGCCCAGAAGUCCAUGCUGGACAAGUUGAAGCUCUUUAACUCUAGACCCAGUUCUCGUGCUUCCAGUGUUGCUUCUUUAGAAGAACCAGAAACUCUGCCUCCAGAGUCAGAUGGAGGAAAUGUUUGUCCUAUUCAUCCUGAAGGCCAGUCAGGUAACCAGCGGUCAAGCAGCACCAGCCCGAAGCUGGCUCUGAAAGGUAUCGCCCAAAGGACGCUGAGUAGAGCUCUGGCACCCAAGAUCAGCUCUGCCAAGGCUGCCGAGAAGGACAAGGAUAAGGGAAAGCAGAAGGGAAAAGAAAAAGCCACGAAACGAUCUUCUGGUGUGGAUCAAGACCAGAUUAGAGAAGAAAGAGAAGAAACCAAAAGCGAAACUCAAGGUUUAGUUGAUGUGAAGAAAUCCAGUUCUAUCCCCAAAGGGGCUAAGGGCAAUAGCAAUGCCAAGAAAGAAGCCUCCUCUACAUCACAGAGUGGUAUACCCAAACCAGGGCAUGCUGGGAAAGGCCCUGGGUUGGUGAAGGCCACAGUGGCGAGCCCUUGUGGAAAAGAAGGGGAGCGCUCUCGCAGUUUUAGGGCUGGAGGGAGUGUAUCGUUGCACAAGUGUCCAAUGGAGAACAAAAACUCCAGCUCUACCUCUAGUUUGGCAUCAUCAGAGGGAAGGUGCAGUCAGAAUAGUACGUGCAGCGUCAUUCAGUCCACAGCCAGCAACACAGCCAGUGUGCAGCUUCCUCAACCACAGGCACAGUACAGCCAUCCCAACACUGCUACAGUUGCACCCUUCAUGUACAGGUCUCAGACGGACAUGGAUAAGACCGGACUGAUGGAGGGUGGAGAAGUGAAGAAAGAGAGAUCCGUCCUUCACAGCAAAUCCAUACACACAUCUUUAGAAAGCCUGACAGGUGAAGAUCCAGAGAGCAGGAGACUGAGGACUGUGAAAAACAUUGCUGAUCUGAGACAGAACCUCGAGGAGACCAUGUCCAGCCUGCGGCACAUGGCACACAUCAGCCACAGCACCCUGGAAACGACUUUUGACACCUGCGUAACCACAGAGAUCAACACAAGGGGCCUGCUGGCUCUCAGCCCCCGUCCUGCUUCGACAUUACCGUGGCGACUGGGCUCAUCCAGCCCUCGUCUUCAGGCGGGCGAUGCCCCCUCAUUAGGGACUGGAUAUGGGCAGCAUAACGGCCGCUUCCGGCAGAAAAACUCAACCAACGCCGCUGACCUUUGUGACCUGAACGUUUCCAACAAGGUGGAGGACCUGGAGGGCAUUGCUGUGGAUGCUGCAGGGUACAUGAGCGAUGGAGAUGUCCUGGGCAAGAGUGUGAGGACAGACAGCGCCACCAGCGGCUACAUGACAGACGGAGGGCUGAGUUUGUACUCACGGCGGCUGACCAGGGUUCCGGACAGUACAGAUGUGGUCAGAGACACAGCUCUCUACUCCAAGAGCCAAGCUGAAACUGACAGCUGGGACGAUAGCAGUUCAGUCAGCAGUGGGGUCAGCGACGCUCUGGACGCAGAUGAGCUCAACACCAGCUCGUCUCUCAACUCCUACGUCAACACCCCUUCUGCUCCACGCAGGGACAUAGAGGAGCAGCUCCAGACGGAUGCAGAGAAGCGCUCAGCUGUCGAGCGAAGUGCUGUCUGGACUAGCGACGACCUCAGGCGUCCAGACGGCUGCUCAGACCCUGGCAUCAAGAUGGACACCAAGUGGUGCAGUCCGACAGAUUUCAGUGAGGAAUCAGAACAUGGUUUAACAAGUCGUAAAACCUCCACCAUAUCUCAGACGGGCUCCUGGAGGCGGGGCAUGACUGCCCAGGUGGGCUUCACCUGUCCACGGACUAAGGCUCCAACCCCAACUAACUGCAGCUCACUGAAAGCUCUUGCUAAUGGCAAAACAGACGACGCCAAAGUGUCGGAGAAAGGUCGCUUCUCUCCACGGCCCAACGGCCUCCCGCGCUCCCCCUCUGAACGACUGAUAUCUACUGAUGAGGGCAAGAAGCCACCCUCCAGCUCCACUGCUCGUGCUCCCACUAACACUUUUGGCUUUAAGAAGACCUCCAGCGGCACUGCCACAGUAACCGCCAGCGGUGUCACAAUAACUAGUGGCUCUGCUACUCUAGGGAAACUCCCCAAGUCCUCAGGUUUCACUGGAACUCGUCUAAUUGGUCGGCAGACCAGUAUAGAUGACGGAUACGUUCUUCCUAGUGCUCGGAACACCCUCCAGUACCGGAGUCUACCCAGGCCUAGUCGUGCCAGCAGCAGCGUGGGCACAGCCCGCGGUACCAGUCGCGCCACAGCCGCAGGUAUUGAUGCUAGCCUUAUCAGCAAGGGUACUGCCACUCUGCCCAACCCAAAGACCCGCAGCUCAGUCCGAUCCCCGACGGGCACCUCCAACCAGACGGACCGGGAGAAGGGUGUGCUGUCAGACACGGAGAGCUUGGCAUCAGGGCUGGCACACAAAGCCAGUGGCAGCAGUCAGAUGGGCAUGGCUGGGCAGUGCCAGCCUGGUAGACAAGUGGGAGGGAAGUACCCGGAUAUGUCAUCCCCUACUUUACGCAGACUAUUUGGAGGUAAACCAGGCACCAAGCAGGCCCCUGUGACCACCUCAGAGAACAUGAAGAAUUCCACCAUCAUCUCCAACCCUCAUGCUGCUUCGGUCCAGCAGGGCAGCACUAUUGGGAGCUCAGCAGCUGUUAGUGGAGGCAGCAGCGGUCUCCUACGUGGGGAAAACCUGGACCAGUCCUUGUCCUCUUUGGCCUCCAGCCCCGGGUCAGCCUUCUCAACCUGGGGAGGCAGAGACAGCUCCUGCUGCACCAGCUCAGAAUCUGUAGAUGUGUCCAUGGGAAAAGAAGAGGUUCCGUCUUCCUGUCUCAGCCGCACUGGCAGCAUCCGGACAGGCCUUUCAGAGAGGUAUGCCCACCUGCCACAUGGGCGGGGCAGUGAGGAUGCACGUGAUUGGCUGCGCUCUCAUUCUGCUGGUGGACUUCAGGAUUCUGGAGUAUCCCCCCCCUUUUCUCCUGCCUCCACACUCAGCUCACCCUCCGCAACACGCUUCAACUUCACCACUACUGGCAAUCCCACCACGGCUGCGCAGAUAAACCUGCGCACCCCCAGCAGCCUGGCCAAUCAGGAUGGGACGCUCGACCCACUCAGUGACCCUCGCCUGCGCAACUCUUCAGUGUCUCUGGAGGAGAAGAACCGCACCAUGAGCAGCUCUGGAUCGUUCCGUGAGCCGCUGGAGGAAGUACAUGGCUCUUCUCUGUCUCUGGUGUCCAACACUUCUUCUGUUUACUCCACACCUGAAGAGAAGUCUCAGUCAGAGAUCCGAAAACUAAGGAGAGAGCUGGAGGCGUCUCAGGAGAAAGUUUCCACCCUCACUACCCAGCUGAGUGCCAACGCUCACCUGGUGGCGGCAUUCGAGCAGAGCUUGGGAAAUAUGACCAUCAGACUGCAGAGUUUGACCACGACAGCAGAACAGAAGGACACAGAGCUGAACGAGCUGAGGAAGACCAUUGAGCUACUGAAAAAGCAAAACACUGCAGCUCAGGCUGCCAUCAGCGGCGUCAUCAACACACCAGACGCCCCCAGCAAAGUGGGCUCUCCCCGGUCAGUAGGUGAUUUGAGGAUCCACAGACAGCAUUCCUCUGACAGCGUGUCCAGCAUCACCAGUGCCACCAGCCACUCUAGUGUGGGCAGCAGCCUGGAGCUUGAUGCCAAAAACAAGAAGAAGAGGAAAAACUGGCUGAGGAGUUCCUUCAAACAGGCAUUUGGGAAAAAGAAGUCACCCAAGUCGGCCUCUUCACACUCGGACAUUGAGGAAAUGAUGGACUCAUCCCUGCCCUCCUCCCCCAGACUGCCCUACGGUCCCCCUGCCGCCUCAACUCUGCUCAGACACUCACACUCCAACUCACUUAUCUCUGAGUGUACAGACAACGAGGCAGAAGUGGUGAUGCAGUUGCGCAGUGAGCUGCGCGAUAAGGAAAUGAAGCUGACGGACAUCAGGCUAGAAGCUCUAAGCUCAGCCCACCAGCUCGACCAGUUCAGAGAGUCCAUGAACCGCAUGCAAGCGGAGAUUGAGAAGCUGAAAGCGGAGAAUGACCGUCUGAAAAUGGACAGCAGGGGGAGCUGUAGCACAGCAACUUCACAAACAUCCAUUAGCCCGUCGUCUGUCGGCCUGUCCUCUCAGCUCAGCCUGACCGAGUCCACCAGCCUGGACAUGCUGCUGGACGACAGUGGGGAUGGCAGCUCUCGGAAAGAGGGACGGCAUGUUAAGGUGGUGGUCAGUCUGGAGAGAGACACUGAAUGGAAAGAGGACGGUAGGCCACGUGACUUCUUGAUUGGCUGUAUUGGCGUCAGCAGCAAAACCAAAUGGGAGGUUUUGGAUGGUGUAGUUAGACGCCUCUUCAAGGAGUACAUUAUCCAUGUGGAUCCGCUCACACAGCUGGGUCUGAACUCAGACAGUGUUUUGGACUACAGUAUUGGAGACGUCCACCGCACUGACAAAGCAGAGACUCCAGAGCUCCUGCCCUGCGGCUAUCUUGUGGGAGACAGCAACACCAUCUCCGUCAGGCUGAAAGGUGUGGCAGAGACCAGUCAAGAUGAGAUGGUGUUUGAGACACUCGUCCCGAAGCCCAUCUUGCAGCGCUACGUCUCCCAGCUUCGAGAACACCGCCGCAUCAUCCUCUCCGGACCAUCUGGGACGGGCAAGAGCUUCCUGGCCAUGAGGCUGGCUGAACACCUGGUGCUGCUGGAUGGACGGACGCUGGCUGACCGGGUCAUCGCCUCCUUCAACGUGGACAACAAGUCCAGCAAGGAGCUGAAGCAGUACCUGUCUAACUUGACUGACCAGUGCAACAGCAGCAUGCAGGCUGGUGAACUGCCUCUGGUCAUCAUUCUUGACAAUCUGCACCAUGUGGGCUCUCUGGGAGACAUCUUUAAUGGCCUGCUGAACUGCAAACACCAUCGGUGUCCCUAUAUCAUUGGUACUAUGAAUCAAGCAACAUCAUCAUCCCCAAAUCUGCAACUUCAUCACAAUUUCAGGUGGGUGCUCUGUGCUAACCACACUGAACCAGUGAAAGGCUUCUUGGGUCGUUUCCUGCGGCGGAAGCUUCUAGAAACAGAGAUCAGCAGUCGUGUGCGUAACUCUGAGCUGGUGAAGAUCAUAGAUUGGAUUCCGUCUGUUUGGCAGCAUCUGAACCGCUUCCUGGAGACACACAGCUCUUCUGAUGUCACCAUUGGGCCACGCCUCUUCCUGUCCUGUCCUAUGGAUGUGGAGGGCUCUCAGGUAUGGUUCACAGACCUAUGGAACUACUCCAUCAUCCCAUACCUGCUGGAGGCUGUGCGGGAAGGCUUGCAGCUGUACGGCAGAAAGGCGUCGUGGGAGGAUCCAGCUUGUUGGGUGAUGGAGAGUUACCCCUGGGCCUCCAGCCCCCAGCAACACCAGUGGCCCCCUCUGCUUCAGCUACGGCCUGAGGACGUUGGCUUCGAUGGUUAUGCCCUCGCCCGAGAGAACUGCCCGGGCAAGCAGGCCACACAGGAUGGCUCAGAGGGAGACCCACUGAUGAAUAUGCUAAUGAGGCUAAAGGAGGCAGCCCACUGCACCGGCCCGUCGAGCUACGACAGCGACUCCAACAGCAACAGUAACCAUGACGAAAUCCUGGACCCUUCGCUGGAGUCUGCGCUGUGAACUUCAGGCCCGUCAGACUACGGAUCAUCUUUAUUCACAAACAUCAAAAGGGUUUUCUGACUGGAACACAGGGAGCCGGUAACUCUGAAGAGAAGAGCCGUUGGUCUACAGAAUCCGCAGAAAGCAGAGGGGGUCAUGAAAGCAUCAUGACAGACAUAUAAGAGAGACAUUUGUGCCCUAAUCUCUAUAAAACUAAAGCUACGUUCACAUUACAAGCCUCAUUGCUCAAAUCCGAUUUUUUGCUCAAAUCCGAUCUCUGUGACUCUAUGGUUCACGCUCGUUUAGGUAAGUGAUUCAAAUCUGUCAUUAAUGUGAACGAACCGGCGUCCUGAAAUGAGCCUCAUGAGCACAUCCUACUCAGUAACGUCACGUGAAUCAUCAGCACAAGCUAACAAGCAGAACGAGCUUCGCUGAGAAGAUAAUUAACUCUGAUCAGCUCCCAGCUUCAUUAUUAAAACGAGACGUAGGCGGAAAAGAUGAGAUGUGUUUCUUUUCCACCGUUUACAGGCUUUAACUUCUGUGUGGCGCUGCUGCCAUGGUAACGCUGAAUGACACGCAGUGGAAAAAAAAGCACAUGAAUUCCGAUCUGAGUGUCACAUUAAGGCGGCAUGGCCACAAAUCGGAUACGUAUCCGAUCUAGGACCACAUAUGAAAGUGACUCAUCCGGAUUUGAAAAGAUCAGAUUUGUGUGUCCACACAGCCCUGAAAACAUCAGAUCUGAGUCACAUUAGGAAAGAAUUUGAAUUUGUGCCACUUCAACCUGCUAAUGUGAACGUAGCCUAAAGCAACAUCAAACAAAACCUGGAAACGCAGGAUUUGCAUGUUUUGCGAAACAGCACAAAAUGUAAGCGGGCGGGAUUUUUUGUUUAGUUUCAGCCAAAUCUUUAGUCUCCACAUCCCAUUUAUGCACAGUCCAGUAUUCAGCUCUACUUGAACUUUGCUGAAGCGUUCCCAUUCACAAUAGAGGGUUCUGCUUUAAUUGUAAUUCAGAGACAUGAGCAGUAGAUGUCGCUAUAGCUGUGUUUAAUGACCUUGGGAAGCUUUCUCAGUGCAGCUUUACACUGUAGUGCCCUUUAUCGCAGGACGCCUCUGUGUUCUGUCUCUGAUUCAGUGCGAGCAAAUGCCUUUAUCUUUUGCUCACUGACAGUAACAUUGAUUUUACAUAUUUCAAAACAUUUUUGUGAAUUUAUUUUCAGACUACACUAAACAAGAAACUCAGAGACCUCAGAAUCAGAGUCGUGACAUUUCAAGCAGCAUUUUCCAUGAGUUUUCCAUCAGCUCCGUGCUAAGGAAGAUCUUCUGUGGUGCUACUCUCACCUUACAAAUGCCUUACUAUGUUUGUACCGACGGUAGUAAUCUCAUAUGCUGUAACACCACCAAAUUGAUGCCUUUAAGUGGUCCACGGUUCUGGAGUGCAGUGGUGUGUGUAGCGAUCAUGGUUGAGGUUCAUGGCUGAGUGGAAGGCUUUUUACAGUCAAACCCAAUACGCUCAUCUUGGGGAAAAAGAACUAGUUUUGUGUAUUUGAUGCAGCUUUACUUGAGGUGACUGGAAUCGCUUUGUGUUUACAUGUGAAGCAAAAACAGACAAGAAGUUGGGUGUAACUUUAUACCUCUUUACGCAGGAAAAUCCAACCUGCUCACUACAGCUAGUGAACAAGUCACAUCUACUUAAUAGCUGCAUCAUAGUGGUAUUAUUGUCUUGAGAAGUGGCAGAUACACCUAAACACUCUCUUCAAACAGCCUACUGUUUUCUUGCUCUCUACAGUCUCACAGCAGAUUUGUUACAAACAGCACAGUGUUAUUUUUUAACACGUCUUACUCGUGUCCAGUGAAGAUAACACGUUUUAUUUCUCUGAACACAAUCAGUGUGGUAUUUUAUUUAAGAGAGGCAGUUUGUGUUCAGAUUUUGAGCAUGAAGUUGUAUUUACACAGUCUGUGGCAGGGAAAUUCUGUGUUCAUUGGCCUAAAUGGACCACAACAAUCUUAAAUCUUGGAAAUUCACAUGUACUUUAAUUCAGUUUAUCAGUUUAUUCCAUUUCUUGUGAAGCACACAUAACAUCAUGUUUUAA